AUGAUAUGACAGAGAAAGUAGCUGAGCUGAAUAUCAUUUUAGAGUAGGAGGGGAAGAGGAAGAGGAGAAGAGAGUGAAAUCAUGGAUUUUGGUCGUCUCACUGAGGCUUUGGCUUCCAAAUCUUACGACAAGAUUGCUGAUAUUUGUGACGAUCUCAUGCUUCAGGCUGCAGCCGAGGGCAUCGCUUAUAAGGAUGAAUGGCCUUACGCCAUCCAUUUUCUUGGCUACUUUUACGUUGAUGACAUCAAUAGUGCUCGAUUUCUCUGGAAAUCAAUACCUUCUACUAUCAAAGAAAACCGACCAGAACUGGUUGCCAUUUGGAAAAUUGGCCAAAAACUAUGGGUUCGGGACCAUAGGGGUGUAUACGAGGCUAUUCACGAAUUGGAUUGGUGCCAAGAAGUUCAAGGCCUAUUAGCUGCAUUUUCAGAUCUUUACAGGAGGCGAAUGUUUCAGUUGCUGGUCUCUGCCUAUUCUACAAUAAGCGUCCAUGAUACAGCUCAGUUUUUGGGAAUGAAUGAGGAAGAAGUCACAGUUUAUGUAACACAACAAGGAUGGAUAAUCGAUCUUGCUUCUCAAAUGUUCACUGUGAAGAAACAAGAAACUGUGUCAGAGCAGAAGUUAGAUUCUAGUAAAUUGCAGCGCUUGACUGAAUACGUUUUCCAUCUAGAACAUUGAGCGUUCAAUUCUUUAGUUCUUAGUUUGUUCUAUUUCCUUUACAACUAACCGUGCUAUGUGGAUAUUUUAAUUCUCCUCUUUGGAACUCUUUCUGCCAACUGUGAACUGCUAUACUUCUCAUGUGGAAGAAACUUUGAAUUGUUACUUUUGUAUAGCUUUAAACCAUGGCCACACUUUUUUUUUGGUGGUGUUAUUCUAAUUGCUUUAGACACCAAUUUUCCUAGGGUAUGUAUGUUUGGUUUUGGCUUUGGUUUUACUCAUUUGAAGGAUAUUCUCUUGCCCUUUUUCUUGUA